UUCUCGCGCGGCCCCUCGUCAGAUUUCAACACGCUCUUAUCUCUCCCACGGCCCAAAAGAAAAAAAAAAGAAAAAGGAAAAACGCGAUUCAUUCCUUCAACUUCUCCCCUUAUUAUUGCUUAAUCUCGCUCCCCUCUCCUGCUGUCUCGUCGGUUUCCACGGCCGGCUUCGUUCGAUUCCGGCAGCUCCUUCGCUGUCUUGGGGAUCCGAUCCUCCGUCGUAGCUGGGGUUUUGAUUCGAAUGCUUUGGCUGCGCCGAUGGGAACUGGUUUCUGGUUAAAUGCCAUCUAUUUCGGUGAUCUUGAUCUGUAUAUAUAUUUUGAAUAAGUGCAGCAUGUUUUGGAUUUCUUGUGUUCGUGAGCCGAUUGAGUUUGGUUGGGAUUGAAUGGACCAGUACGAGAAGGUGGAGAAGAUUGGGGAAGGGACCUACGGAGUGGUGUACAAGGCUCGAGACCGUCUCACCAAUGAGACGAUAGCUCUGAAAAAGAUUCGCCUGGAGCAAGAAGACGAGGGAGUUCCCAGCACAGCCAUAAGAGAGAUCUCGCUCUUGAAGGAAAUGCAGCACAACAACGUAGUCAGGUUGCAAGAUGUAGUUCACAGUGAGAAACGGAUUUACUUAGUUUUUGAGUAUCUGGACUUGGACCUGAAGAAACACAUGGAUUCCUGUCCAGAGUUUGCUAAAGAUCCUCGUCUAGUUAAAAAAUAUCUCCAUCAGAUACUCUGUGGCAUUGCCUACUGUCAUUCUCAUAGGGUUCUUCACCGGGAUCUGAAACCACAGAAUUUGUUGAUAGAUCGCCGUACAAAUGCUUUGAAGCUUGCAGACUUUGGGCUAGCAAGGGCUUUUGGCAUUCCUGUCCGGACAUUUACUCAUGAGGUAGUGACACUCUGGUACAGAGCACCAGAAAUCCUACUUGGAUCCCGGCAUUACUCCACACCUGUUGAUGUGUGGUCGGUCGGCUGUAUUUUUGCUGAAAUGGUGAAUCAGAAGCCAUUAUUCCCAGGAGAUUCUGAGAUUGAUGAAUUGUUUAAAAUAUUCAGAGUACUUGGUACCCCAAAUGAAGAAACUUGGCCAGGGGUCACUUCCCUGCCUGACUUCAAGUCUGCUUUCCCCAAGUGGCCUCCUAAGGAUCUGGCAACAGUGGCCCCAAAUCUUGAACCUGCUGGAAUUGAUCUUCUCUCUAAAAUGCUUCGCCUGGAACCAAGUAAAAGGAUCACAGCUCGGAAAGCUCUGGAGCAUGAGUACUUCAAGGAUCUUGGAUUGGUACCAUGAUUUGCUCUUCUCCACUGUACAUUAUAUCAGCAAGUAUGUCGGAUGUUUUGCGGCUUUAGCCUUGUGUUUCUGUGAGGUUGGUUUGUGAUUCCUUUGUUUUCAUUGCUUUCUCCUGCCUCCGGGACUCUACGGAGAAUUUAUGCUUGGGUGCUUGGGAUUUCCCUACUCAGAUAGCAUGAAAGCAUCUCCUCUUUUCUUCAUGUAUCUGAGGAUAUGCCGAGUGUCAUUUGCUAUGUGGAUUUCUUGCUUUCAUGCUGAAAUUACGAUAAAACACAUUUGAAAGAUCAAGGCACU